CAUGUUUUGACGGAAACGGUAUACAAUAAUUUUGGACAGAUCACCAGGCACCAUUAGAUCAAACGUAACGAAACGAAAUAUUGCCAACCGGUCAUGGGGUCUUCAAUAAGAGAAAGGCAGAUCAAUCUGCUGAAGCAAAUGAUCAAUUUCAACCAACCGAUAACCAAAUCAACUAUCAUGGAACCAUCAUGGAAAAUACUGGUGUAUGACAAGUAUGGACAGGAUAUCAUAUCUCCCAUUUUAUCAGUCAAGGAACUACAAGAAUUUGGUGUGACACUCCAUGUCCAACUUCAUUCACCUCGAGAUCCUGUUCCUGAUGUACCUGCCAUUUAUUUCUGUCUACCAACAGAGGAGAACCUAGGACGAAUUAGCCAAGAUCUACAAAAUCAACUGUAUGAAUCAUAUUACUUCAACUUCAUUUCAUCAAUAUCCCGCCAAAGAUUGGAAGACUUGGCUUCUGCUGCAAUCAAUGCUCAGAGUGUUGCCCAGAUCUUAAAAGUUUGUGAUCAAUACCUGAAUUUCAUUUCCUUGGAAGAUGAUUUGUUUAUCCUCAGAAACCAGAACAGUGACAUGAUAUCCUAUUACUCUAUGAACAAGGGAGAAAUCACAGAUACAGAAAUGAACAAUAUAUUAGAUGGAAUUGUAGAUAGCUUAUUCUCCCUGUUUGCGACAUUGGGCACUGUUCCAGUGAUUCGGAGCCCAAAAGGAAAUGCAGCUGAGAUGGUAGCUGAAAAACUUGAUAAGAAAUUGAGAGAGAGUUUGAGAGAUACUCGCAGCGGCCUUUUUACGUCCGACUUGACGCAGAGUUUUGGAUUUCAAAGGCCGUUACUGGUUCUUCUCGAUCGCAACUUGGAUAUGGCUACACCUCUUCAUCACACGUGGACUUAUCAAGCCCUUGUCCAUGAUGUUUUGGACUUCUCGUUAAAUCGUGUAGUCGUACAAGAACCAGAGAAUGAUACUAGCCAUCAGCAGGAGGGUCAUCGGCAUUCUCAUCCGCCUAAAGCGAAAAUAAAAACGUGCGACCUAAACCCUUCCGACAAGUUUUGGGUUUCCUAUAGAGGCAGCCCGUUUCCAACAGUGGCUGAAUCCAUUCAAGAAGAACUGGAAGACUAUAAAGCUUCAGAAAGUGAAGUGAAGCGAUUGAAAGAAUCAAUGGGAUUAGAUCCUGAUGGAGAAGCUGCCAUGAGUUUAAUAUCCAACACAACGGCGAAACUUACGUCAGCUGUAAGCUCUCUGCCCCAGCUUCUGGAGAGGAAGCGGCUACUAGAUAUGCAUACCACCAUAGCAACAGCUAUCCUGGAGCAAAUCAAGCAAAGGAAAUUGGACCUAUUGCUCGAAGUGGAGGAAAAGGUUAUGAGCAAAAACGCCUUAGACCGCUCGGUUUUGGACAUCAUAAGUGAUCCGGAAUGUGGAACUCCAGACGAUAAACUUAGGCUCUUCCUGGUCUAUUUUAUUUGUUCACCAAACAUGACUGAGUCCGAGACUGACCAGUAUGCUACAGCCCUUCAGGCUGCUGGAUGCAAUUUAGCAGCUUUGCGCUAUUUAAAGCGUUGGAAGUCUUGCAGCAAGAUAGUGUCUGGUUCAAGCCAAUACUCAGGAGGCGGAACCAGAACAGUGAACAUGUUUACUAAACUAAUGUCUCAGGGCUCAAAUUUCGUCAUGGAGGGUGUUAAGAACUUAGUUGUCAAGAAACACAAUUUACCUGUAACACGAAUUGUCGACAAUUUAAUGGAACUUAAGCCUUCACCAGAAACAGAUGAGUAUCGCUAUUUCGAUCCAAAGUUAUUGAAACCUGGUGAAGGCGUUAGUGCCGCUCCUCUUAAAAGCCGGGCCCAAUUCCAAGAUGCAAUUGUAUUUAUGGUGGGCGGAGGGACCUACGCCGAAUAUCAAAAUUUGGUCGACUAUGCUAAGUCGAAAACGGUGGGAGGCAACGCCAAGAAAAUUGUUUACGGAUGUUCUACUCUUAACAAUGGGAACCAAUUUCUAAAACAGUUGGCAUUAUUGGGUGAAGAUAUCCAGUAAAUGGAAAUGGUAUCGAGAAGUUUACUCUCUUGAUUGGUUUGAAGAAAUUUAAAUAAAAAUUAAUCUAAUAA